AAGGAAGAGCAUCAAUCUUAGUGCUCUUUUCGGAGUUAUAUAGUGUAGAAAGGCUACUAAGUAAUCUGUAAAUAUUACUAGCGCUAAAUCGACGGGGGGAAAAGCUAAGAUGACAUUCAAAUCUCUGAUUUCAAAUUCAGGAACAUCUCAAUCCUCAUUCCUAGAUCCUAUUUAUGAUUCAGGAUACAAAGACCUAAAAAGAGGAGAUUACUCUCAUGGGUGGAAGAGCGGGAGCGGGAAUAAGGGCAAUUCAGCAUUGAAUGCAAUCACUUUAUUGGCAUUCUUGUUCUUCCUCAACAUUCUACAGAGCUGUUUACGCGAUAACUUGCUAGCAAGUCAGGGUCCAAUUGUAGUCGUAGUGAAUACAGAAACCGAAACCUCUUCUAACACAACCAGGGUGACGACAAGAACAAAAAGAAGCACAGAAAUCAAUGAAGCGUCGAGCAAUACUGACGAUGGCAUUUUGUUGAAUGAUGCAACACACAUAUCUAAAGGAAUCGAAGAGAAAAUAAAACCAGUGCAGUGAAAGAACAAAAGAUGUUAUAAUUACUAAAAACUCAGUUAUAAUAGUUUUAAUUACUUACUAUUUUUAAUACUUAAAACUAUUUUAAUUUUCAAUUCAUGAAUAAAUAACUGCAGUGUGUAGAGUCGAAAAAGAAAUAUCAGUCAGAAAAUAUUGGUGCAAACUUUAUGCUUUCAUUUCAAAUAUUGUAGUUAUUGGAAUUAUUUCAUAUGAAUUAAAUGCACCAGUAGGAAGUUAAUUUUCUCAG